CUCCUACGGAGUCCAAGACGCCCAACGCGAAAAAUUCACUCCGGAGCCGGAAAUUAGCCCCAGGGUUCUAGUAAUCAACGUCUACUAACGACUUCGACUUAUCAUUCACAUUAGCUAGAUCGCACCUCGACGACAGCUCCCCACCAUGUCCUCCCCCGACGCACCCAACAUCCUCAUCAUCGGCGGCGGCAUCUUCGGCACGAGCACCGCCUACCACCUCUCCCUCACGCAUCCUUGCCCCUCCAAAAUUACAAUCCUCGACCGCUCGCCCUACCCACCCUACCAUGCCGCCUCCACCGACAUCAAUAAGAUCGUGCGCGCAGACUAUACAACACCCUUCUACAUGGAUCUCGCAUUCGAAGCCCUUCACGCCUGGAAGACCUUACCGGUCCUCCGAAACGCUGAUGGCCGGAGGUUCUUCCAUGAGAGCGGGUGGGUUAUGCUGAGCAAUGAGGGGAACGAUCUUGCGGAGCGCAUACGGCGAAACUUUAGGGAUAGGGGCGGGGAUCGGACGAGCGACGUAGAGAUUGAUGAGCGCGUGAGGGCGAAGUGGGGUGAUAUGUUGAGGGAGGCGGUGUUUGAUGAGGAGGGGUCGAGGAUUGAGAAAGGGUAUUGGAAUCCUGAGGCUGGGUGGGCGGAUGCAGGGGAUGCCGUGGCCAAGAUGAUGGAGGAUGCUGUUAGCAGAGGAGUGAGGUAUGAGAAAGCGGAUGUAGACAGCGUCAUAUUUGGUGAAGACGGCGUCCGGGGCGCGAAGACGAAGGACGAGCGGACAUAUUCGGCAGACAAGGUACUGCUUGCCGCGGGUGCUUGGACAAGCCAGCUCCUGUCGCCUGUAGAAGACGAGCUGGGCAUUCAAGAAGAAGAUAGAGUCGAGAAACAAGUCACAGCAGCCGGAGUCUGCGUUGUGCACUACAAGCUGAACGAAGAAGAAUACCAAAGAUUGAAAGAUAUGCCCGUCGUCAUCUACGGCGAUCGAGGAGAAGUCCUUCCACCUCCCGAAAAGACUCGCCUCCUAAAGUUCACGAACGCGCGCUCGUUUACAAACACCAUCACAACGCCUUCCGGUCACCGGAUCUCCAUCCCUCCAGAUAACCUUCAAACUACCGUUUCCUCCGAACUCCAAACCGAAACUCUCUCCCGUAUCGUCUCGAAAACAAUGCCCAGCUUCGCCUCCCGUAGCCCAGACUAUUGGCGGCUCUGCUGGGAUUCCAUUAGCCCCUCUCAGGACCAGCUCAUCACGCGGCAUCCUCAUCCCAGACUCAGCAACUUAUAUCUGGCUGUGGGAGGGAGUUUCCACAGCUGGAAGUUUUUGCCGACGAUCGGCAAGUAUGUUGUUAAUGUGCUGAACGGAGUGAGUAAUGGGGAAGAGAAGGAUAGGAGGUGGUGCUGGAAGACGGGGAAGGUGGACGGGAGAGGUGCGCAUGAGAAGGUUGUUCCUAGGAGGGAGUUGAGGGACUUGGAAGGUUGAACUGAAGUAAUCGUGCAGAGUGACGGACAGACGAGACGAAAGACUACCCGUUCGAAUCGUGCUUCAAGUCGAAGAAAGAAAGAUAGGUUAACGCUCAUUCCAAGUCCGGGCUCGGGAAAGGUCACCUGCAUAGCUCGGGUGGAUACCCCUCGGCGAUAGUACGUGCGAAGGCUGCUCGGCAUGAGAGGUUGCUCGAAGGGAGACUUGAUCUCCUUGACAGGGUGAUCGGGUUGCGAGACAAUGUAUUCGACGAGUCUAUCCGCGAGUGGAAUCUGCACCCUACUCUC